UGCACAAUCACACUUUUCAGGACAUAAAGUUGGAAACAGAUGAAGAUAAUGAUAAUGCUAAGGGUGGUUUUUGCUGUCUUUGUUUUCUCAUCAUUGGCAGCAAUGGGUUCUUCAGCAACAACACAACUUGUUACUUAUGUUUUUGGUGAUUCCUUAACAGAUGUUGGUAACAAUAAUUUCCUCCAAUAUUCAUUAGCUAAGUCUAACUAUCCAUGGUAUGGGAUUGACUAUAGUGGUGGCCAAGCCACUGGAAGAUUCACAAAUGGAAGGACUAUUGGCGAUAUAAUAUCUGCAAAGCUUGGAAUACCAUCACCACCAGCUUAUCUUGCAGUGUCUCAAAACAGUGAUGCCCUCCUCAAAGGAGUAAAUUAUGCAUCUGGUGGUGCAGGAAUUCUCAAUGAUACUGGACUCUAUUUUAUUCAGAGAUUAUCCUUUGAUGAUCAAAUAAACAGCUUCAAGAGAACCAAAGAUGUAAUCACGGCAAGAGUAGGUGAAGCAGCAGCAAUCAAGCAUUGCAAUGAUGCCAUGUAUUUCAUUGGAAUUGGAAGCAAUGACUACGUAAAUAAUUUCUUACAGCCUUUCCUAGCAGAUGGCCAGCAAUACACACAUGAUGAAUUUGUAGCACUCUUAAUUUCAACCUUGGAUCAACAACUUUCGAGACUGUAUCAACUGGGAGCAAGAAAAAUGGUCUUCCAUGGAGUUGGUCCACUAGGUUGCAUUCCAUCACAGAGGGUAAAAUCCAGAAAAGGUCAAUGUUUAAAGAGAGUUAAUGAAUGGAUCCUUGAAUUCAACUCUAAAGUACAAAAGCUACUGAACACACUCAACCAUCGUCUUCCAAAUUCAAAGCUCAUAUUUGCAGACACCUAUCCAUUAGUUCUUGACUUGAUCAAUAAUCCCACUACCUAUGGUUUUAAGGUUUCAAAUACAUCAUGUUGCAAUGUAGACACAAGCAUUGGGGGAUUAUGCUUGCCAAACUCAAAGCUGUGCAGCAACCGCAAUGAUUUCGUAUUUUGGGAUGCAUUCCAUCCAUCUGAUGCAGCAAAUGUAGUUCUUGCAGAAAAAUUUUUCUCUACUCUUUUUUCAUCAGCUCCUGCAGCAGCACCAGCACCAUCAAACUAAAUCUCAUUACAAUCAGUCAUCAUUAAUAUCAGAAUUGAACCACACCUUUAUACCAAGACUUUACCCUAUAUGUCUAAGUCAAUUAGAUAGUCCAUUGUAACAUAGAUUAGCAACGUGCAAUCAAGGAAUCAUUGCAAUAAUCAUGAAAAUGUUAGAAAUAUGUUACCUAUGAGUCUAUCUGUCUAUGACAUAAUAGGCAUAUGCAUAUCCAAUUUUUGAUAAAUUUAACAACAGAAAUUAUCAGAUUUUUCCAAUGAAAUGUUGGUUAAAUGUCAUAGUUACACAAACACAAAUUCAUAAUACAGAGAUAGUAACUUGUAUAUCAGUACUACAAACACCAUCAUCCAUUCAAUUUCCAAUAUAAACAAAGACAUUUAAAGAUUCUGGGAACACAUUUGAUUUAAAUAUAAAGAAGUUAUAGAUUGCUCUCAGUUGAAAGGCCAAAUUUUUUCCACAUAAGAAGACAUGAGAUGGAUAAGGCCUCUCCCAUUUAAACCCAAACUGCUUCAUGAUCUUGACACAGCCCUCUUUCAAUCUCUAAAAGGAGAGGUAACAAAACCUCAUCCAUUAGAAAAAGACAUCAUCAAGCAAAAUCAAGAUCAAGAAGCACUUAUAAGCUCAAAUGAAAAGAAGCCUAAAACCCCCAUCCAGCUUCAAUUCGGUGUGGUUAAAGCAAAACAAUCAUCAUCGAGCAUCACAAACCAAUUAAAACAAAAGCCAAAAUAAAAAUGGUUUCUACUGAAUUCAAGGAAAAUUUGAUUUGAACAGGGAUGGAGUAACUUCCUUGCUCUCAGUAGUAUAGGCACAAUUUAUUUCCACUUGAGAAGAUUUGAAAUGGAAAAAGCCCCCUACCAAUUAAACCAAAAUGCAUUGUGUGCUUAACAAGACCUUCUUCCAAACCCUAAAAGAAGAAGUCCCAUUCCGAAACCUCGUCCGUUAGAGAACGGAUUCAUUAGGCAAAAUCAAACACCAUA